AUGGGAGGAGAUGGAGGAAUAGGGCUUGAAAUUGCAGAGGUUUCAGGUGCUGGAAGCUCCUUCUUCCCAAGAAACCCUAGAUGGUUUCUCCCCAAUCUGCCAAGUCUCUCCCUCAUUUUCUCUUCUCUUCCUUUGAUUCAUCCUUAUUUUGUGAAAUCUUCCUUAGUCCAAGCACUCAAAGACAAGAUUUUUGGAGGCUCUAGAGCCUUCCCGCAGCUGUUCCAGUGGCAAUCUCUUAUCUUUGGUUACUAUCUCUUUUUCUUUCCUCCCAUAUCACUACAAGAGCUGGUAGAAGAAAGAGAUGGGUAA